CUGUAAAGAUUACAGCCUUGGAAACCCUAUGGGGCAGUUCUGCUCUGUCCUGUAGGGUCACUAUGAGUCAGAAUCCACUCAAUGGCAAGAGGUUUGGUUUAGUUUUGGUAGUACAUCCAGAUGGAGAAGCCAAGUAGGUAGCUGGAUAUGUAGGUCUGAAGCUCAGAAGACUAUUUGAGAAUCAUUAGCAUAGAGGGUGUACAAAAGUCAGGGUUAGGGGAGUAGAUGGGAUUCCCCAGGGGGAGAGAGGAGGGUCAAGGAGGAAAAGUCCAUGAAAGAAGUUAAAGAAUAGUGAGGGAGGGAUAGGGCCAAGAGAGUACAGUUUCAAAGAUGUUCAGGAAGUUGAUAGUUUAUAGGAAGAGUAAGUUUCAGAAAGAUAAAGACAAUUAUUUUGGUAGCUAAGAAGUCCCUGGUGAUUUUGGUGAGGGCUGUUUCAAUGGAAUGGCCAAGGCAUGGGGGUAAAAGCCAGAUUUAAGGGAGUUCGACAGUGAUGAAAAGUAAGGAAAUAGCAAGUAGCAUAAACACCCACAAAAAGUUUGACUGAGGAGAGGGAAUAAGGAAGUGGUUGGAGGGUGAAUGUUAGAACCCAUCUUUAUGGACAACCUCUCCAUUUUUUUUUUGUUUUUUGUUUUUUUUUUUAAAAACAAAUAAGGUCAAGAGAGGAUGGACCUUGCCCAAACUCUUGUCAGUGGCAGUUAGAAACAGCCAUCUUCUGCCUGAAGUGACUUUUUCCCACUGCUUCUAAGCUGUUGAUUUCUAGCCUAAACUGUUUCUGGGGAAGGAAGUACUUGGUAGUUGCUAAACCUGGCCAGCCUGUCUUUACCCUCCCCCCAGCUCUCACUAGGCACACUUGUCUUCCUUCCACCCCCCCAAUCCAACAUGAACGUCCUCUCUUCAACUGCAGGUCAGGUAGCAUCCACCAGAGGGCUCUCUGCCUCAGACCUGGAGUGAACAGACCACAGUUGGGGCCUGGGUUGGGAGAGGUGGCACCAAAACCAAACCAAACGCAUUACCUUUAAGUUGAUUCCAACCCAUAGCAACUCUAUAGGACAGGCUAGAACUGUUACAUAGAGUUUCCCAAGAGCGCCUGGUGGAUUUGAACUGCUGACCUUUUGGUUAGUAGCCAGACUUAACUAUUAAGCCACCAGGGUUUCCAGGGAAGGUGGCAGAAGAGGGUUAUUUGUCUCCUCUGGAGCAGAGUACCCCAGUUCACGAAUAAAUUCCUAAUCCUGCUUGCUAUCCCCCACACCUUACGAGAACCCCAAAAUGAAAUGACUAAUGAAUAAAAGUUAAGGUCAGAAUAAGCCCACAUAUGGACAAGCAACCAGUCUGAUGAGGCAGUAGCUUGGAGAAUGCUACCAAUGCUCAGGGGGUGCCACUGGUGGGAUGGAGAUGCCUAAAACUUGAGGCUUCCUGGAGCUGCUGUUAUCAGGGGUGGGGUGAGGUGUCCAGGUUGCUACAGGUUACUGCUCCCAGAGACGGAUUACCCAAUAAACAGGGUACACAGAGGUUUGCUUAAUAAUUUGUAGUGCGCAAUUUCACCUCGGUUUCACCACAUCAGGUGAAAUUGUGCACUAGAGAUUAGGAAGGAAACACAAGUCCUUGUGUGCCUUGCUUACUGAUUAAUCUGCCCCUAACUACUCCCCUCAGACUCCAGCAGGCACUGCAAUACUUGAGGAUCUAGAGUAAGCCAAGGGCACUGAUAAGUCUGGAAACUGGACCAUGAGUAUCAAAGCUUCAAGAACUGGAGGGCAUUCAGCCCCAGGAAGACGUGGGGAAAAAGCGAUCCUGUCUUGGUAUCUUUGAAGGGCUGCCAUGCAACUUGUUUCAUAUGUCUCCAGAGGGCAGGAGUCAGUUUGAUUUGAAGAACUUCCUUGGAUUACCCCUAACCCCAAUAAUGGGGUUGGUAUGUGCGCUGGGGUGACUGGCAUCACCAAGAUGACGCUCCAUGCUACCCGGGCGGCUGCACUCCUCACAUGGGUGAACAGUCUGCGCGUGGCGAACCCCGUGGAGGCUGUGCUGCAGCUCCAGGACUGCAGCAUCUUCCUCAAGAUCAUUGACAGCAUCCGUGGCACUGAAGAGGGGCAACAAAUCAUGAAGCAGCCAGUACCAGAGAGAUGGGACUUUGUGUGCAGUUUUCUGCAGAAAAAUCGAAAACAUCCCUCUUCUCCAGAAUGCCUGGUAUCUAUGCAGAAAUUGAUGGAGGGGUCAGAGCUGGAAAUGGCCAAGAUAACCAUGUUGCUCUUAUACCACUUCACCAUGGGCUCCAAAAGCCUCAGGGACUGGGACCAAUUUGAAUACAAGAUUCAGGCUGAGUUAGCUGUCAUUCUCAAAUUUGUGCUGGACCAUGAGGAUGGGCUAAAUCUUAAUGAGGACCUAGAGAGCUUCCUGCGAAAAGCUCCUGUCCCUUCCACCUGUUCCAGCACCAUCUCUGAAGAGCUCUCCCCACCUAGCCACCAGACCAAGAAGGAGAUUCGCUUCCUAGAGCUACAGAACGUUGCCUCCUCUUCCAGUGGGAACAACUUCCUUGUAGGCUCUCCAGCCUCCCCCAUGGGCGACAUCCUGCAUACCCCACAAUUCCAGGUGAGGCGGCUGAAGAAGCAACUUGCAGAUGAGAGAAACAAUAGGGAUGAGCUGGAGCUGGAGUUGGCCGAGAACCGCAAGCUCCUUACUGAGAAGGAUGCACAGAUAGCCCUGAUGCAGCAACGCAUUGACCGUCUGGCUCUGCUGAAUGAGAGGCAGGCAGCCAGCCCGCCGGAAACCAGGGAGCUUGAGGAGCUACGCGGCAAGAAUGAGAGCCUCACUAUGCGCCUGCAUGAGACGCUAAAGCAGUGCCAGGACCUGAAGACAGAGAAGAGCCAGAUGGAUCGCAAGAUCAACCAGCUUUCUGAGGAGAAUGGCGACCUUUCCUUUAAGCUGCGGGAAUUUGCCAGUCACUUGCAGCAACUACAGGGCGCCCUCAACGAGCUGACAGAGGAGCAUGGCAAGGCCACCCAGGAGUGGGCGGAGAAGCAGGCCCAUCUCGAGAAGGAGCUCAGCACAACCCUGCAGGACAAGAAAUACCUCGAAGAGAAGAAUGAAAUUCUUCUGGGAAAACUUUCACAGAUGGAAGAACAUUCAACCCAGCUGCAGAAGAACCCACCCCAGGAGAAGGGUGAGGUGCUGGGUGACGCCUUGCAGCUGGAAGCCCUGAAGCAAGAGGCAGCCACUCUUGCUGCAAACUAUGCCCAGCUCCAAGCCAAGGUGGGGGAACUGGAGACGGAGCGGGGCCAGCAGGAAGCCAAGCUACUUGCCGAGCGGGGCCACUUUGAAGAAGAAAAGCAGCAGUUGGCUGGCCUGAUUGCUGACCUGCAGAGCUCCAUCUCCAACCUCACCCAGGCCAAGGAAGACCUGGAGAAAGCCUCACAGGCUCAGAAUGCCGAGUUGACUGCCCAGGUGGCCACUCUGACCUCCGAGCUCACCACACUCAAUGCCACCCUCCAGCAACAGGAUCAAGAACUGACUGGCCUGAAACAGCAGGCCGAGAAAGAGCAGGCCCAGCUAGCCCAGACUCUCCAGCAGCAAGAACAGGCCUCCCAGGGUCUCCGCCACCAGGUGGAGCAGUUGAGCAGCAGCCUGAAGCAGAAGGAGCAGCAGUUGGAGGAGGCAGCCAAGGAGCAGGAGGCAACUAAGCAGGACCACGCCCAACAACUGGCCACUAUUUCCAAGAAGCAAGAGGCCACCUUAAGAGAGAGGAACACAGCUCUCCAGCAGCUGGAGGCACUGGAGAAGGAGAAUGCUGCCAAGCUGGAGAUUCUGCAACAGCAACUUCAGGCUGCUAAUGAAGCCCAGGAUAGUGCCCAGACCUCAGUGACACAGGCCCAGCGGGAAAAGGCAGAGCUGAGCCAAAAGGUUGAGGAACUCCAUGCCUGCAUUGAGGCAGCCCGCCAGGAGCAGCGUGAGGCCCAGGUCCAGGUGACAGAGCUGGAGGCCCAGUUGAGGUCUGAGCAGCAAAAAGCAACUGAGAGAGAAGGGGUGGCCCAGGAGAAGGACCAACUCCAGGAGCAGCUCCGGGCCCUUGAGGAGUCCUUGAAGGCCGCCAAGGGCAGCCUUGAGGAGGAGAAGCGCCAGGCUGCCGACGCCCGGGAGGAGCAACAGCGUUGUAUCUCUGAGCUGGAGGCAGAGACCCGGAGCCUGGCAGAGCAGCGUAAACAGGAGCAGAAGGAGCUAGAAGAAGAGAAGGCUGGGCGCAAGGGGCUGGAGACCCAGUUACAGCAGCUUGGGGAGGCCCAUCAGGCCGAGACGGAGGCCCUGCGGCGGGAGCUGGCAGAGGCCAUAGCCUCCCAACGCAAGAGCGAGAGUGAAUAUGAGCAACUCGUCAAGGAGGUAGCUACCUGGCGUGAGCGGUAUGAGGAUAGCCAGCAAGAAGAGGCGCAGUAUGGUGCCAUAUUCCAGGAACAGCUGGUGGCCCUGAAGGAGGAAUGUGAGAAGGCCCGCCAGGAGCUGCAGGAGGCAAAGGAGAAGGUAGCAGGGAUAGAGGCCCACAGCGAGCUCCAGAUAAGCCGGCAGCAGAAUGAGCUCGCUCAGCUCAACGCCAAUCUGGCUAGAGCCCUCCAGCAGGUCCAGGAGAAGGAGGUCAGGGCCCAGAAGCUUGCUGAUGACCUCUCCGCUCUGCAGGAGAAGAUGGCUGCCACCAGCAAGGAGGUGGCCCGCCUGGAGGCCUUGGUGCGCAAGGCAGGAGAGCAGCAGGAAACAGGCUCCCGUGAGCUACUCAAGGAGCACCCGAGAGCAGGAGAUAGAGAGGCAGAGUGGCUGGAAGAGCAGCAGGGGCACCAGUUCUGCAGCACACAGGCCACACUGCAGGCCAUGGAGCGUGAGGCAGAGCGGAUGGGCAGUGAACUGGAGAGGCUGCGGGCUGCGCUGAUGGAGAGCCAGGGCCAGCAGCAGGAGGAGCGUGGGCAGCAGGAGAGGGAAGUGGCACGGCUGACCCAAGAGCGGGGCCGGGCCCAAGCUGACCUUGCUCUGGAGAAGGCAGCCAAGGCAGAGCUGGAGAUGCGGCUGCAGAAUGCCCUCAAUGAGCAGCGUGUGGAGUUUGCUGCCCUGCAAGAGGCGCUAGCCCAUGCCCUGAGGGAAAAGGAAGGGAAGGAUCAGGAGCUGGCCAAGCUUCGUGGUCAGGAGGCAGCCCAGAAAACAGAGCUAGGGGAGCUUCGGCAAACCUUGGAGCAACUGAAAGAACAACUGGCUAAGGAGGAAAGGGAGCACCAGCAGUCUGUAGGAAUGGCCAGUGGAGAAGAUGCUUCUGGCUCAGGAGCCUCGUCCGGGGCUGUUGGAAAGACAGAUCCAUCAGGUGCGGAGCUGGAGGCUCUGCGAGCAGAGGUGAGCAAUCUGGAGCAGCAGUGCCGGGGCCAUCAGGAGAAGGCCUCCAGCCUGGAGCGCAGCCUGGAGGCUGAGCGAGCCUCCCAUGCGGAGUGGGACAGUGCUCUGGAGACAGUGAGGGGGCAGUUAGAAGAGAAGGCCCGGGAGCUGGGGCACAGUCAGGAUGCCUUAGCCUCAGCCCAAAGGGAGUUGGCCACCCACUGUGCCAAGGCCCAAGACCACAGCAAGGCUGAGGCUGAGUGGAAGGCCCAAGUGGCCCGGGGCCAGCAGGAGGCCGAGAGAAAAAACAGCCUUAUCAGCAGCUUGGAGGAGGAGGUGUCCAUUCUGAACCGCCAGGUCCUGGAGAAGGAGGGGGAGAGCAAGGAGCUGAAGCGGCUGGUGGUAGCCGAGUCGGAGAAGAGCCAGAAGCUGGAAGAGAGGCUGCGUCUGCUCCAGGCAGAGACUGCCAGCAGCAGUGCCAGAGCAGCAGAGCGCAGCUCUGCUCUGCGAGAGGAGGUGCAGACCCUUCGGGACGAAGCAGAGAAACAGCGAGUGGCUUCAGAAAACCUGCGGCAGGAGCUGGCCUCGCAGGCAGAGCGCGCGGAGGAGCUAGGCCAAGAACUGAAGGCUUGGCAGGAGAAGUUCUUCCAGAAAGAGCAGGCCCUCUCUGCCCUGCAGCUUGAGCACACCAGCACACAGGCCCUGGUGAGUGAGCUGCUGCCUGUCAAGCACCUGUGCCAGCAGCUGCAGGCCGAGCAGGCAGCUGCUGAGAAGCGCCAUCGUGAGGAGCUGGAGCAGAGUAAGCAGGCAGCUGGUGGGCUGCGGGCCGAGCUGAUGCGGGCCCAGCGGGAGCUUGGGGAGCUGGUGCCCCUCCGGCAGAAGGUGGCAGAGCAGGAGCGAGCAGCCCAGCAGCUGCGGGCAGAGAAGGCCAGCUAUGCCGAGCAGCUAAGCAUGCUGAAAAAGGCCCAUGGCCUGCUGGCAGAGGAGAACCGGGGCCUGGGGGAGCGGGCCAACCUUGGCCGGCAGUUUCUGGAAGUGGAGCUGGAUCAGGCUCGAGAGAAAUAUGUCCAAGAGCUGGCAGCUGUGCGUGCUGAUGCGGAGACCCGUCUGGCUGAGGUGCGGCAGGAAGCCCAGAACGCUGCCCGGGAGCUGGAAGUGAUGACUGCCAAGUACGAGGGUGCCAAGGUCAAGGUCCUGGAGGAGAGGCAGCGGUUCCAGGAAGAGAGGCAGAAACUCACUGCCCAGGUAGAAGAACUGAGUAAGAAGCUAGCUGACCAUGACCAAGCCAGCAAGAUGCAGCAGCAGAAGCUGAAGGCCCAGGGAAGCGAGAGCCAGCAGGAGGCGCAGCGCCUCCAGGCCCAGCUAAAUGAGCUGCAGGCCCAGUUGAGCCAGAAGGAGCAGGCAGCUGAGCACUACAAGCUGCAGAUGGAAAAAGCCAAGACCCAUUAUGAUGCCAAGAAGCAGCAAAACCAAGAGCUGCAGGAGCAGCUGCGGGGCCUGGAGCAGCUACAGAAAGAAAACAAGGAGCUGCGGGCUGAAGCUGAGAGGCUGGGCCAGGAGCUGCAGCAGGCUGGGCUGAAGACCAAGGAGGCUGAACAGACCUGCCGUCACCUUACUGCCCAGGUGCAUAGCCUGGAGGCACAGGUUGCCCAUGCUGACCAGCAGCUUCGAGACCUGGGCAAGUUCCAAGUGGCGACUGAUGCCUUAAAGAGCCGGGAGCCCCAGGCUAAGCCCCAGCUGGACUUGAGCAUUGACAGCCUGGACCUGAGCUGCGAGGAGGGGACCCCGCUUGCUAUCACCAGCAAGCUGCCUCGUACCCAGCCAGAUGGCACCAGUGUCCCUGGAGAGCCAGCCUCACCUGUCUCCCAGCGCCUGCCCCCUAAGGUAGAAUCCCUGGAGAGUCUCUACUUCACCCCCAUCUCUACUCGGAGUCAGGCCCCCCUGGAGAGCAGCCUGGACUCCCUGGGGGACGUCUUCCUGGACUCAGGCCGUAAGACCCGCUCCGCUCGUCGACGCACCACACAAAUCAUCAACAUCACCAUGACCAAGAAGCUGGAUGUGGAGGAGCCAGACAGCGCCAACUCAUCCUUCCACAGCACACAGUCUGCCCCCGCAUCCCAGGCCAGCCUGCGGACCACGUCCUCUACACAGUCUCUACCCUCCCUGAGCUCUGCCAACGAUGGCAACUCAGCUCUGCUCAGCUUGCCUGGCUACCGGCCCACCACUCGCAGCUCUGCUCGCCACUCCCAGGCCAGGGUGUCCAGUGGGGCCCCUUCAGGAAGGAACAGUUUCUACAUGGGCACUUGCCAGGAUGAGCCAGAGCAGCUGGAUGACUGGAACCGCAUUGCAGAGUUGCAGCGGCGCAAUCGAGUAUGCCCCCCGCACCUGAAGACCUGCUAUCCCAUAGAGUCCAGGCCUUCCCUGAGCCUGGCCACCAUCACAGAUGAGGAGAUGAAAACUGGUGAUCCCCAGGAGACCCUGCGCCGGGCCAGCAUGCAGCCAGCCCAGAUCGCUGAGGGCACUGGCAUCACAACCCGGCAGCAGCGCAAACGGGUCUCCUCAGAGUCCCACCAGGGCCCCGGCACCCCUGAGUCUAAGAAGGCCAGCAGCUGUUUCCCACGCCCUAUGACUCCCCGUGACCGACAUGAAGGGCGCAAACAGAGCACUACCAAGGCCCAGGAGAAAGCAGCUCCAGCUGUUAAACAGGCUGACCGGCGCCAGUCAAUGGCCUUCAGCAUCCUCAACACGCCCAAGAAGCUCGGGAAUAGCCUUCUGCGGAGGGGGUCCUCCAAGAAAGCCCCAUCCAAGGCCUCCCCCAACACCCGCAGUGGAACCCGCCGCUCUCCUCGCAUCGCCACCACCACAGCCAGCGCCGCCAGUGCUGCCGCUGCCACCCCUCGGGCCAAGGGCAAGGUGGAGGCCCUGAGGGUGGGAGAUGGGGGGAGUGUGACUCGUAGGAAACUUCAUGGAAGAGGAUGGGCCUUUCCCAGACUGCCCCGUGCAGCGGCAUCCAAGGCAGGGCCAAGCUAGGCCACAGGAGGGUGGGGGGGUUAAAAGGUGUUCCAUGUCCUAGUUAACUGCUUAUUACUGAGGGGAGGAAAUAGACAGCUCCAUUCCUGAGAACACCCAGCGUUUCUUAGGCACAGCCAGCAAUUGGUAAACUGAAAACAGAUGCGUCCAGGGCCUCCCCAAGGAUGGUAUCCUGGUUAGGGGUGUAUGGAGCAGGAUGAGGGUUUCUAAGCCAGCAGCUGCAGGCUGGCAUCCCAAGUCUGAUCUAGCCAUGUGACUGUCUCUCUUUCAGGCAAAGCACUAAAGGGCCAGUACCAGUGAGCGGCCCCACCUGUGUCCCCAGUGCUGCCCUCGCCUGGUCCUUCUUCUACUGUCCCUCUCAGUGCCUUCUCUCAGCUCCCAGGCCAACGGUGGCCAAACCCCAAGAGACAGUAAUGCCUCCCACACCCCGUGCCCCAUGCCUCAGGGGUGGGGUGGGGUGGCAGCCUUCACAGGCAGCUCACCCCCAACUUCCCCGGACUUGCACUGGGGUGGGAUUUGGAGUGAUGGGAAGGCUUUUAAGGGCCAGGGAUGGAUCUUUUCUAAAUGUUAUUACUUGUAAAUAAAGUCUAUUUUUCGCCCUUUAGUGCUGAGCUGCCUUGAGCUAUGUGGAAAAUAGGGGAAAUCUGGGCUUUCUGGAGCAUACAUACCUUUUGUCCCUGCUGAGUCUUCCCUUUUCCGGACACAUUUUCCCCGGAUCCUGCCACACUCCAUUUCUGGGCUGUGCUCCUAGUGAGCAUUAUGGGCUUUUUUUCCUGAGGCCCUAUGUUCCCCUGAGGGAGCCCUGGUGGCGCAGUGGUUAAGCACUCAGCUGCUAACUGAAAAGUUAGAAACCUACCAGCUCCAUGGGAGAA